AUGCUUGGAUUUGGAACCAAGAUUGGGGAACCUUCUAUUGUGUUUACUUUCAAAAAUCCUGCUAUGGUUUGUCGGUCUUUAGGAUCUGGAUCAUCUGUCACUCCGACUCGUUGCCUGACUCCUGCAGAAAAGGAAAAUUUGAAUGGUGCAACACAAGGCAACAAAGGUAAACAACCUGCCGUUGAACAUGUUGAUGUGGGUGGUGAGGGUUUUGUAGAUGGAGAUGAGGAUUUAGAGACAGAUGAUGAUGGAAAUGUUGAUGGUUAUGGGGGUGAUGAUAAGUUUGUCAAUGAUGACCAGUUUGGUGAAGGUUUUGAAAAUGAUGUCUUUGAUGAUGAUUUGAACAGAUAUGGUGAGUCAGUUAAUGUGGAUGAAGAAACUGAGUUUGAGCAAAGUGAUGAAGAAGAUGAGAGAGUUUAUGGUAGAUUUGUAGUAAAUGAAGAUGAAGAAGACUAUGAGAAAGAACCAAGUGAGGCAGAUACUGAUGAGUAUGACACUGAUGAUUUGAGAAGUGUUCAUGAUUAUGAGGAUGAGGAAAAUAUUGCAAUGAGAGGGAAGACCAGAGGAAUAGCCCCUAAAUUUAAGCAGUAUUAUAGAGAUCAUGACUUGAGAUUUCCCAAAUUUAGUUUGGGGCUUGAAUUCCCAACCAGAACAAAGUCCAGAGAAGUUGUUCAAUACUAUGCUAAUAGUUGUGUCAGGUUACUGAAGUUUGUGAAAAAUGAGCCUGGUAGGCUCAGAAUUAAAUGCAAUGGUAAAUCAUAG